AUGACGUCACAGAGAACAGGCCCUGAAGGUUUUGCUUUUGAUCCCACCGGAAAAGGUUUCUACACUGGAAUUUCUGGCGGUAAAAUCCUCAAAUAUAUACCUGGAAAGGGUUAUGUCGAUUUUGGCUAUAUCACAGAAUCCUCGAAGUCGCAAUUGUGCGAUGGAGAUCUUGGAAACAAGAACAUGGAAAAAUGCGGCCGGCCGGCGGGAAUAGCGUUCAAUGACAAAACAGGAGAGCUCUACGUCGCAGAUGCUCCGUUGGGUCUCCACGUCAUCUCUCGCGGCGGCGGUUUGGCCAAGAAGAUUGCCGAUAGUGUCAACGGCAAGCCCUUCUUGUUUCUUGAUGGUCUCGACGUUGAUCCCACCACCGGCGUUGUUUAUUUCACUUCCUUCAGCUCAAUAUUUACUCCUGGGGAUGUGUUGAAAGCAGUAGCAUCAAAAGACGCUACUGGAAAACUCUUCAAAUACGAUCCAUCAAAAAAGGUUGUGACUGUAUUGAUGGAAGGUCUAAGUGGCUCAGCCGGAUGUGCCGUUAGCUCGGAUGGUUCGUUUGUGUUGGUCAGUCAGUUUACAAAGAGUAACAUCAAGAGGUAUUGGAUCAAAGGACCUAAAGCUGGCUCUUCUGAAGACUUUACCAACUCUGUCUCGAACCCUGACAAUAUCAAGAGGAUCGGUUCUUCCGGAGACUUUUGGGUUGCUUCCGUCGUCAACACAGCCAAAGGACCUACAAACCCGUCGGCGGUUAAAGUUAGUUCUGCUGGUAAAGUGGCUCAGACGAUUUCGUUGAAAGCUCAAUUUGGAGAUACUUUGGUCAGCGAGGUCAACGAGUUCAAUGGACAGCUUCAUAUCGGAACUCUGUUUGGACCUUUCGCCGGAAUUCUUAGUCUUAAAAAGUGA